AAAUGAAAGCGAGUGAGAAGCGCUCACAGAUUCUUGCAUUCUGGGGAGAAACUACUUUAUUCUUGCUUUACAAAGAAGUAGAGACACACUGGUAAACAUGCGCUUCAGCAUCUUCAUCUUCAUCUUCCUCCUGGGCUUCCUCUACCUCACAACAGCACAAGGAUCAUAUGAGGACUGCUGUCUGAAAUACGUCAGGAAAAUCACCCAGUCUAUGAAGAACAGAGUGAUCCGCUACAGAAAACAAGAGAUGGAUGGAGGAUGCAACAUUCCAGCCAUUGUCUUCACACUGAAACAAGGCCGGAUGUUCUGCACUGAUCCCAGAGAAAAGUGGGUCCAUGAACUCAUGCAGAGGGUGGACAGACUGAAAGGAAAACCAUAUUUGAGGAGGAAGACUUCAAGAGGCUAAACAAGCCACUGGCAGCCAAUUGAGGACCUGAGGGAAAGCAUCCCAAAGAGUCUCGGUCAAUUACAUUCUUUCUGGCUCUACGAGGGCUCACGGAGUGACCGUCAGUAAUUGCUGUGUUCUGUCUGUGCUCUCUGGGCUCUCAGGCGACACUUCUUGUUUUCAGACUUUUGUCGCUUCACUGAUGUUAAACUGCUGCUAAACAUUCAGAACCAGAGAUUAUAUUCAUUUCUCACACA